GCUGACAGCACAGUGGAGUGUGGAAGACGAAGAGGAGGCGGCGAGAGAGCGGCGGCGGCGGGAGCGGGAGAAGCAGCUGAGGUCCCAGGCAGAAGAGGGCUUGAACGGCACCGUCUCCUGCUCAGAGAGUGUGGGUCCAGCACAGGAAAACCACUAUGACUUUAAGCCAUCCGGGACUUCGGAGUUGGAGGAGGAUGAGGGGUUCAGUGACUGGUCCCAGAAGCUUGAGCAGCGCAAACAGAGGUCUCCACGACAGUCAUAUGAAGAAGAGGACGGUAGUGUGAGGGAAGCUGAAGUCAAACUGGAGCAGAUCCAGCUGGAUCAGGAAAGCCCGGAGGAGAUCCGGGAGGAGAAUGUGGUUAUCGGGGAGGAAGAGAGGCUGUACCAGGAGGAAGAACAGGUCAAAGAGCAGGAGGAAGAGGAGAGAGCCGAGCAAGAGGAAAAGAAGAGAAGGCGAAAUGAAGAAGAAGAAGAAACACCAGAAAAACGCCAGAAGGCCCCAAGCCCCACCAGCCUGGAAGAGGAGGAGCAGUGCUCUGACCACACCGCAGUGUGCUCCAUGAAG